AUGACACCUAAUAGAUCACCAUCAAUAACAACAACAAUACAACAACCACCAAAUUCAAAUACAAUAGACCCAAAUGUAAUACCAUCAUCACAAAAUAAAUUAAAAAUAGAUUUUAGGGCGAUAUCAAUCUUUUCAUUGUUUUUAUUUUCAGGUGUAGCAAAUACACUAUUAGUUCAAUUAAUUUAUAAUAAUAUUUCAUUUAAUCCUAAAUCAAUGUUAACAAACAUUUGUAUUUUUUUAGGAUAUGCACUUUUGAGUCUCUUUAAGGAUCCAACAAAAAAUAUCAAUAAUAAUAAUAAUAAUACAAAUAUCAAUAUCAAUAAUAAUAAUAUUAAUAACACAUUAAACGCAACAACAUCACCAAUCAAUUCAACUACAAUACAAUUGGGUACCUCAACAAUAAACACUAAAAAACAAAAUUUCAAUCAUAUUAAAUAUAUACUAUUAGCGUUAUUUGAUUGUUUAGCCAGUUUAUUAACCACAAUUGGUCAAAUUGCUGUUGGAAGUGGUUUAUUUCAAGUUUUAUUUUCAUCAAAGAUUAUUUUUGCGGCAAUUUUAACAAGAUUUUAUUUAAAAUCAUAUGUAUCACCAAAGAAAUGGAUAUCGAUUCUAACCAUUUUCUCUGGUUUAUGUAUUGCAGUUUUUAAAAUUUCAUCACAUUCAGUUCAAAAUAAUGAUGAUACAAAUAAUUCAUAUUUAUAUUUUGGAACAUUUUGCGUUUUAUUUGCAGCAUUUGUAUUUUCAGCAAGUCAUAUUUUUGCAGAAUCAGCUAUAAAGGCAUAUGAUUUAAGACCUUAUGCAUUUGCAGCAAAAUAUGGUACUUAUAGUGUAAUAGUUUGCGUUUUUUAUAUUUUAACAGUAACAUUUUAUAAUAGAAAAGAAUGGAUUGAAAUCCCAAUUGAACAAACAUCAUCAAGUGAUAUCAAAUUGGUAUUGUUUUUAUUUAUGAUUUUAAUGAUCACAAGUGUUGUUAGAUCAAGUAGUAUGUACACAGUUUUAGCUGAACAUGGUACAGUUUCAAUGGGUGUUUUAUAUGCAUUACAAUCAAUCAUUGUUUUCUUUUCAAGUGCUUUCUUUUUAUGUGAUCCAAAUCAUCCAACAAAACAAAAUCAAUGUUUAUCACCUCCAAAAUUACUUGGUUCAAUCAUUGUAAUUUUUGGUGUUUUCAUGUAUAAUAAAGCAAAUAAUUUAAAGCAAACUCAACAUAUAAAAAUUUAA